AUGAAGCCAGCUGACCUUGUCAUCUCCAACAUGGGGGAAACCCGAGAAGAGCAAAUGCAAAUUGUGUUAGUAGAGGAAACUAAAGAAACCUCGCCGAUCCCAACAAAUGAGAAUGCCAACUACCAUCCUGCGGUUCCUCUUGUCCAGAAAUGGCUCAAAAUUGGCCUCUACUCAUUGUUUGGGCUUUCCGGCGCAUCAGUUGCCACGCUGUUGGGGAGUUUCUACUUUGAGAAAGGCGGCAAGAGCAAAUGGGUAGCUGCCCUUGUCCAAUUUGCGGGGUUUGUGAUCCUCCUCCCCUUUCUCCUCAUCUCACCCAAAAGACCUUUGACAGAAGAAGGAUACCAACGUCCAAACAAGCCCUCUGCUAUUCUCCUCACAUCAAUCUAUCUCUCAUUUGGAGUGUUCCAAGCAGGAGGUAGCUUGUUGUCUAUUGUGGGACUCCAAUACCUCCCUGCCUCCACAUAUUCCCUCGUCUCCGCAAGCCAAUUGGCCUUCACCGCCCUCUUCUCUUUCUUCAUCAACGCACAGAAGCUCACUCCUUUCAUAAUCAAUUCUCUGGUUGUCCUCCUUAUCUCCUCCGUUCUCCUUGUUGUCAACACCAGCUCUACAGGAUCUUCAGUCUCCAAAGGAAAGUACAUACUCGGCUUCUUGUGCACUGUCGCAGCAUCAGCAAGUUCAGCCUUGAUGGUCAAUUUAGCACAGCUCUUCUACCGACAGGUGCUAAAAAAAGCGACAUUUGGAGUAAUAAUUAAAUUGAUAAUCUACCAGUCGCUAAUAGCAAGCUGUGCCAUGGUGGUGGGGCUUUUCGCAAGCGGGGAAUGGAAAGGGCUGAGGAAGGAGAUGGAUGACUAUGAGUCGGGGAAGGUGUCAUACGUAAUGACACUGGUGUGGACAGCUAUUUGUUGGCAGCUCUCUUCGAUUGGGUCCGUAGGCCUAAUCUUCAGUGUGUCCUCCCUCUUCAGCAGUGUGAUUACUACUCUAACCAUACCCAUAGUCCCUGUAGGUGCUGCUAUUUUCUUGCAUGACAAGAUGAAUGGAAUUAAGGUGAUGUCCCUGCUUCUGGCCAUCUGGGGUUUUGUUUCGUACAUGUACCAACAUUACCUUGAGGAUUUCAAGAGCAGGAAUGAAACAGCUUCUGUGGCUCCUGAGGAUUCCUCCAAUGAGAGGUGCUAG